AUGGUUGCCGUCGUGGCAGAAGUCCCUCUUGUUGCAGAUGGUGAAUUUACUGUUGGGAUGGAAUUCAGUUCAAGAGAAGCUGUUAUUAGGGCGAUGAAAGAGUAUGUCAUCCAAAGAAGUGUAGACUAUCGGGUGUAUGAGUCGGAGCUGUUGACAUUUUAUGCCAAGUGUACACAUUCUGGGGAGGGGGAUCAUUCGAAGUUGGAUUCUAACACAAUUAUAGAAGUAAUAAAGCUGUUGAUUGAGGCUGACCCCUCGUUAAAGAUGAAAUCAGUUAUUGCAGAAAUGCAAUCGAAGUUCAAUUACACUGUAAGUUAUCGGGAAGCAUGGUUGGCUAAGCAAAAGUCAGUAGAAAAAAUAUUUGGAGGUUGGGAAGCAUCGUACGAAGCAUUGUCGAUAUGGUUUGAGGCCAUGUGUCAUAAAGAGCCAUCAGCUAUCGUCCAUUUUGAGACUAUGCCUACAUACCAAGGCGAUGACUUGGUAAAUGAUAUCCGUGUAUUGCAUCGGGUCUUUUGGAGUUAUUACCCCUGCAUUAGAGCAUUCAGACAUUGUAAGCCAGUUGUCCAUGUGGAUGAGACUCACUUGUACGGAAAGUAUAAGGGUUAUUUGUUAGUGGCAGUGUCACAGGAUGGUAACAACAAUAUCGCCCCAAUUGCAUUUGCUAUUAUGGAGGGAGAGACUUCUGAUGCGUGGCACUUUUUUCUUAGUAACUUGCGACAACAUGUUGUGACUCGGGAUGGUGUGGGGCUCAUAUCCGACCGACACGAAUCCAUCAAUACAGUUGUGGCUUGCAGUAACGGAGCAUGGUCACCUCCUAGAGCUUUUCAUAUGUUUUACAUCAGGCAUAUAGAGUCGAAUUUCUUGAGAAAAUUUAAGGCACCGUACCUGCAAAAAUUUGUCGUCAAUAUAGGAUAUUCGAGGAUGGUGUGCGAGUACGAAGUGCGUUUUCAGCGGUUACGAGAACAGGGCGAGGCUUACACUAACUGGUUAAAUUGA